AUGCUCUGGUCAUUAUCACUGUUGGCUGCUGGCGCUGCUGCCAAAAUUCUGUACGCAGGUGUUAACGAAUCCGGAGGAGAGUUUGGUACUUGGAGUAAUGAUGCCAUCCCAACUACCGGUUUACCUGGAAGAUUUGGCGUGGACUACGCGUUCAUCAACAAGUCUACCGUAGAUAUUUUUGUUGAGAAAGACAAGAUAAACACAUUCCGUGUGGCCUUCUUAUUGUACUUCGGCUACUUCAAAGAAGCAAUCGACUACAUUACCAUUACUAAGGGAGCAUAUGCCAUCCUCGAUCCACACAACUACAUGCGAUACAAUAAUCCUUCCCAGCAACCGACGACUGGAAGUAUUAUUGGGGACAGUUCGGACAUCAAGGCCGCAACAACGGCUCAGUUCCAAGCUUUCUGGAACCAGCUCGCAAACCGCUUCAAGUCCAACGAGAAAGUCAUCCAGACUAAGUUUGGUAUCAUGAACGAGCCCCAUGACAUGCCUACCUCUCUCGUGUUUGCCAACAAUCAAGCCGCCAUCAACGGCAUCCGUGCGACAGGGGCAAAGCAGCUGAUCCUUGCUCCUGGGAACGACUGGACAGGGGGACACUCGUGGACUGGCCAUGUCAACGCAUCGUCCGAAUAUAUGUACAAGCUGAACGACCCGGCGAAGAACCUUGCGAUCGAGGUGCACGAGUAUCUUGACUCGGACUACUCUGGGACACACGCGGAGUGCACUCAGCCCGGGCCAUCUAAUCUUGCCGCCCUUACCGCCUGGCUUAAAAAAUACGGCCUAAAAGCAAUUGUCGGAGAGACUGGAGGAGCCAGAACGCCAACUGCUAUGCACAGAUUAAAGAAAUGCUCAACUAUCUUGCUGCCAAUGACGAAUACAUUGGCUGGACAGGAUGGGCUGCCGGACCACUCUGGGGCACCUUCCGGUCCUGCUGUGGAGAUGAUUCUGGCAAUCUUGAGCCGGGCACCAAAGCUGGUAAUGGAUCAAUUCCUGGACAACCUGGGCCAAUGGAUUCCGGCCAAGCAUCCCGAAGACACUAAAGCGCAGUGGGAUCUCGAGUUGGAAUUAAGAGGAAGAUGGACAGCUGCUCUACAUGCGACAGGCGAUCGUCGGAAUCCAAUUCCCCUUCGACCUGAAGCACUUACUCGUUUUCACUCUCGAACACCACCCGGGAUAUCUAUCCAAGACUAUCUUAAGCGCAUCGUCAAGUAUACAAAUGUUGAGCGAUCAUGCCUUCUAAUUACACUUCAUUAUAUAGACCAGAUCUGCACGCUCUUACCCCACUUCACGAUCUCCUCUCUCACCGUCCACCGUUUUGUUAUAUCAUCCAUAACCGUGUCCUCCAAAGCCCUUUGUGAUGCUUUUUGCACAAACUCCCACUACGCCCGGGUGGGUGGAAUCAAGCUUAUUGAAUUGAACGUGCUGGAAAGGGAAUUCCUUGAGAAGAUCGACUGGAGACUCACUUGGCCGCGGGAUCAAGUAUCAAUGGGAGAGGCGCUCGCGAAGAACGUUCGUCAAGACCCUGUCACUCUGGAAUCUUAUCAAGCAAACGGUAAUGGCCCAGACAAAACCACACCAUCACCCCCAAGAUCUCCAGCAACGUCUACGGCGCCUUCCUCCGUGCACCAAGUACCUUGCGCGAAUGCUCCACCGCCACCUAUAUCCACCAAACCAUUCGCCCAGCCUCAGCCUCGAGACACCGUCGCUUCGCCCUCGCGUACUAUAAUCGCCGGUGUAACAUCUCCGUCCCUGCGCCGCGCCGGCCGCUCACCUGUUACUGGUCCAUCCCGAUCCAUUCCGUCUUCUCCUUCGCUCAAGCGAGCACGUGAUGGCACGGAAGAUAUUAUGCCAAGCCUUACAAACGCACACCUGAGAAAAAUGGAGGAGAGCAGCCCUAGGACCAGAAGACGGACAGGCACUAAUAGCAGUUGA